GAUGCAAAGGCGUAGCUUGUUAUCAUUCACUGUAUCUGUGUCACUUCAGCUCUCAAUCAGAUUCCGAUCAGGUUUUUUAUAGAGCCGGUAAUUUUCGCAUACCUGUCUCUUAAUAGACACAAGGCAGCCUCUUUAAACUUUGAUAUCCACAAUGAUAUUCAGUCGUAUAAAUAAAAAGUUGAAGAGAACCAAACUUUUACAGGUAGCUAUAAACAGAAUUUGUUUCCAUUCUGACCACAGCUUUCGCGUCCCCUUGAUCCUGUUCAUGGGGACUGCGAAGCUAUUGAAGCCCAGUGUCGUUAUCAUAAAGUGGGAUGCAAACAGAAGGGGGCAAUGAAUUGGAAAGAACGUAGAAGACACCAGGAGAAACAAGUAACCGAACAUUUGAACCUCCUUUUUCUGUUCGUGGACCAAUUAUCUAGUUUGUUUCAUUCCAAACUUGGUGAAGUUGAUGCAGGGGUCUUUUCUAAGAUGGAUGUAAUCCUUAAAACUUUACAGAGCAAGGUAGAUGCCAUAAUCGGUGAAAAUUCUGAUCUAACAUCAAUGGUACAAGGACAUGGCACUCGCAUAAGUAAUGUGGAGCAAAGUAUUAAGCGUUAUCUGAUGGAUGACGUGGAAACAGACAGUGCUCCCUUAAAUUCAUCAGCACAUCGCUCUUCGCUAGCUGAAAUUGAGCAUAUUCUUCAAAGGUUGGGGAAUCAGGAUGCCAAGACAGCCAAUCAUGAAGCUCUUUUGGUUGAAUUUAACUCAGAAAUGCAAAAUAGAAAUAGAGAAUUAAGAAGACUGGAGGCUCAGCUUAAAACUGCUAAUGAUGAAAUAAGAAAACUUCAACGACGAACCGAGUAUCUAGAACAUACUUUAAGUGCUAGGAACUUUGCUAUAGCUGAGCUAGAAGAUUAUGUUAGGCAAGAACAGUUAUCAAGCUACAAUGGUGUGCUUUUAUGGAAAAUCACCGACUUCGCCCGAAAACGAAAUGAGAGCAGAGCAGUGCAAUAA